AUGUCUGAACUAUCCCCCGAGGAAGAAAGAGCCAGAAAGCUCGAAGAAGCCAAGAUAAGGGUUGAAGAGUUAAAGAAGAAGAAUAAAAACAAGAAGAAUAAGAAGAAGAAGGACAAGGAAGAUCUUGAAGCAGCUGAAGUCAAAACUGAAACUGAAACUGAAUUGGAACCGACUGAUACUAAUGUAUCAGAGAGUCCGGUUCAUUCAGAUGAACAACCAAUCGUGGAAGAGACAAAAGCUGAAGAAAAGGCUGAGAUAAAUGCUGAUGCAAAGGGCAAUGACAACAACGAAGAGAAGUUUGAAAAGGAGUCUGUGGAGAAGUCUGAAAAAGAGUCUGCGGAGAACAAGAAAGACUCCGAGGAGGAAGUCCUCGAGAAGGAAGCAACUGAUAUACCCAACCCAACCGAGGAAGUGUCUAAAGAAGCUUUUGCAGUUCAACAAAAAGAGGAAGAACCAAUAGAGGCAAAAAGUACAGAUGAAGUUGAAGAAUUGUUUGGCGGGAAUGAUGAUAAAGAGAAAGAUUUCCUUUCGACGAUACAAGAACAGAAAAGCCAAGAUGAAGUAAUAAACCUCAAGGAAGAAGUUUCAAAGCUAAAAGAUCAAGUAAAGCAAUUGAAGUUUGUCAACAUAGAUCAAGAAAGCUCCAUAGAAGAGCUUGAAGAACAGAUAAACAUCAUGAAAUCUCAACUCAAUGAUAAAACUGUACAAUUGCUGUCCGCUCAGCAGGAGCUAUCUACGUCUAGACAAGAAGUAGAGCAGCUUAGAGCAACACAAUCACCACAACUAACCCCUGUGGAAUUCUCUUCCUUUGAUAGACAUUCUCCAUCCAAAUUCGAGCCAUCGAGACAGAUUCAGCAUCCAACGACAGACCCUGUUAUGUUAGCUAAGUGGAAGAACUGGAAUGUCGAUAUGACAAAUUGGAGAUCAGUUGGUGUUGGCCCAGUUGUGGAAUUUUAA